AUGCGCUCCCGUGACAUGCUCGUCAGCAUGUACCAAAUGGCCCCCAAAGGUCGUGCUAAGAGAGGAUGGCUGUUCGGACAGUGGGUGCCUGAUGGUGGCUGGUGCCGGUGGCUGGCGCUCGAUAUGCGUGGCCCACAAAGCCACGGUUACGCACCAGCUCCUCCACCAAGCAACGGAUACGGCCCCGUUGUCAAUGCCGAACCUGAGCCACAGUGCUGCACCUGCCAGCAAGUCAGAGCCAUGCGUCAUUUGCCCACCUGGACCACCUGGACCACAGGAAAUGCUGGAGCCAAGGGACCUCAAGGACCACGAGGAACUCCUGGACUUUCUGGAGUUGAUGGACGUCGUGGAGAGCCCGGCAUGGUCGGACCAGCUGCGACCGGCGCGACGGAGCCCGGCUACACCAGGACUAAAACGGAAAAGAAGUGGAGCAGAAAGAACGGACAUGGUCAUUCAUAA